AUGCCGCCAAAAGCCAGUAAGUCCUGCUCUCGUCUUUCGGGGACCACAAUAUUCUUUUAUUGCAGAAGCGUCGGUGGCGAAAAAGCGGCCGAGUCGCGGAAAAACGCGGAAGAGCAAGGCGACAAAGACGAAGACGAAGGCGACGAAACGGAACACGAAGGCGAAGAAGAGAAAGGACAAGUACAGGCAGAAGUGGGUCACCUAUCGUAGAAAAUUUACAGUUUCACCAUUACCACUUUUAUAGGUCAAUUAAUAGUAGAACUGAUCUCAUUCUAGUAGGAAUUGUCACUUUCAGACCAGAGUUGAGCGGAAGAACUCACGGAAGAAUUUUUAUCUUUUUUAGAAAAUUCUUUCAUGAAGUGUGAUCAACUGACGAAAUGUAUAGCAAAGUGAACUGUGCUCAUAGAAAAAUAAUUGUAAAUUUAGCUUUUCAUACAAAAAAGUUAUUCAAGUUGUUCCGUGAAAAAAGGGCAAACGAAUAACAACUCGCGUAACGUUUUUGUAUGAAAAGCAAAAUUUACAAUUAUUUUUCUAUGAGCACAAUUCACUUUGCUAUACAUUUCGUCAGUUGAUCACAUUCCAUGAAAAAAUUUUCUAAAAAAGAUAAAAAUUCGUCCGUUUUCUUCUGUUGAGUUCUUCCGCUCAACUCUGUUUCAGACAACGAAAAGAGCGCAAAAAGACGGAAAAAGCGAAGAGAACUGCGCGAAAAGCGACGAAGAAGACGAAAAAGUCGAAGAAUACCAAAAAGAAACGAGGUGGGUUCGAACUUUUGAGAACUGUUUCAAAUCUUCAAUAUUUAACUUUAUUUAAAGACAAAUCAUUAGUCUUUGGAAAAUGCUAAACAUCCUCAAUAUUUCAAACAAAAAACAGUACUUCAGCUCCGAAAAAGGUGGCUCCGAAACCAGUGGCUCAAAAACCGAAACAAGAAGAGCAAAGUGAGGAGGAGGGAGAGGGAAAUGAGGAAACUGUGAAGAUGCGAUUCAUUGGUCUCUCUGGUGAACUGCUUGCUCUGAAAAAACACUCUGAACGAGCAUUUCAGUGAAUCAAAUGCAAGAUUUGCGCAAAAAAGUGAUCGAAUUGUCGAAGGAGGCGUUUUUGGAGCAGAUUAAGGUGAGCUUUGGUUUUUUCCCGAACAUUUCUACAUGAAAUUCCAUCCAGACCUACACGGAGCAUCGUCGUGACGAGGCCAAGUUCCAGGCGGCGUACAUGGGAACGCCCGAGAACCGGACCAAACUGUUUUUCGACUCGGAAAAGCCCACCGACUCGUCUGCGGGACCGUUUCAAUCGAAUCGCUUCGGUGCGAUUUUCUUGCUCCCCGGACAGCAAUGA